UCUCUCUCUCCUCUCAUCUCUUAUCAUCAUCAUCCCAUUCUCUCUCUAGCAUUCUUAUCAUCAUCAAUCCAAGCCAGAGGUUACAACAAGAAAGAAGAGAGAAGAAACCUAGAAACUCCACAUACCCUCUCUCCUAUCAAAAACAAAGAAUAGUCCACAACACCCAACUCUCUCUCUCUAAUGGCCCAGCUGGACCAAAAUUUAUGUAGAAGAAAAACAAUAAAAAGAAAGAGAGAGAAGAAAGAAGAGGUGCCUUCAAAUGUCCUCCAACCAAACCCACCUCACAUACACAACCAACAAAAAAGAAAGAAAAAAAAGAAAAACGUUGUUGCCACAAAUACCCUUCUGCAACCCCCCAAAAAAAUCUCCAAUCUUCAUCACUUCACUGUCUCUCAAAAGAAACAACUAUGUUGUAUUGUAUUUCCCUGAAUUUAUGUGGGCUUUUUGGGCUUUGUCUUGGUCAGAGCUUCACAGAGAAAACAGGAAACCAAGACACCCUUCUCAUCUCUCUCUCUCUUCCCUUUCUUUCUGUCCCCUUUCGUCCUUUAUUAUUUCUUGCCCACCUCUUUUCUUUCUCCCCUCACCAUAUCUGUCUCUUUCUCUCUCCCUCUUUCUCUCUAUAUUAUUUCGUAUUUUCUCUCUUUCUUUCUCUCUAUCUCUCUAUUUUCUUUCAUUGUAUUUCUUUGUGAUCUGAUUGAUGUCUUCUUCUAAUAAGAAGAUGAAAGGGGUUGCUUUGGAUCCAUCAUCUUAUGGUGGAUUUGGGGAUUCUAAGGCCAGGAUCAAGCAUCAGACUCUCUUACAGGACUACCAAGAUUUGCAAAAAGAAACUGAAGGGAUGAGAACCAAGUUGGUGACUAUGAAACAAAGGAAAUUAACCCUAUUGGCCGAAGUCCGGUUUCUGCGGCGAAGAAAGAAAUUUUUAUUGAAAAACAAGGCUGCAAAACCCUCACAGGGACGAGAACUGGUUCAACCAAAAUUUUUUGAAACUCAGUUCAAAAAAACUCCAAAGGAGAAGACGUCCAGUAGAAAGCAAGCGAAGCUGCGGAAGGUAUCCACGGGUUUUGAUGUAAACCAGAGGGAAAGGAUUUCCGCUCGUAGAUAUCCAAGUCCAGUUGUUGAUGUAAACCAAAAGAAUAGGAUACAUAAUGGAAAAGAAGCGACUCUUAGAAACACUACGCAAGUUUUUGAUUUAAACCAAAAGCAAAGAUCGUACGGUGGAAAGGAAGCUUCAUUUCGGAACCCAUUCCCAAUUCUUGAUCUGAACCAAAAUGAAAGGUUAUAUAGUGGAAAAGAAACUGGUCCCCGAAACUCAGCUUUAGCUUUUGAUUUAAACCAGAUGGAAAGGACUUGCGUCGGGAAGGACGAAGUUGUGCGAAGCCGAGCUCCAAUUUUCGACUUAAACCAGAUCUCGGGAGAGGAGGAAUUACUAGAUAAUUCCGAGCCGUUGAGAAAUGAGGAGUCGAAGAAACUUGUGAUGAGAGGUGGAAGUGACGAGCAGCACAAUGAUUUGAAACUAUCAGUGUGCAGGAAUGUUGGAAGCGGACCAAACCGGGCGGGGAAGCGAAAGAUUUCAUGGCAAGACCAGGUUGCCUUGAAGGUUUAAGUCAAUUGUUCUUCAAUUGCAAUUAAUUGGUCACUCUUUUGUUAUCCUUGUAAAGCAAAAUAUAGCUUUUUUUCCCUUUUUUUUUUUUUUUUUUAAUUUUAAAUAUGUUGAAUAUAGAUGGAAAUGGUAGAAAUAUAUUGGCUAAGGAAUCAAAUUUUAUGCUAAUGUUGUUGUUUGGAUGACAUAUGUUUAUUUACAAAUAGUUAGGAGGACGGUGGAUACAAGGAAAUUUGGAACCUAGCAAUUAUAUAAGGAAUUGGAAUUGUUGCCCGUAGAUUCCUCCAAAUGUUUGUCUCUUUUGUUCUUUUAGUGUUCUUGUUGUUGAAGAACUAAUAAAAAAUAUGCCAUAUUAUUAGU